AUGGCGAUCGGUGCAAUCGGCGUGGACAAGUGGAUUAUGACCGAGGGAGACAGGGAGAUUCUUGGAACUGACGGUCUGUUGAUUCUGUGGCUGUGCCUGGCUGGCCUCACCAGAUCGCAGCUCGAGGAGGACGAGGAGGAGUAUGAGGAGGGCCCCUGUGGCCGGUGGAGACCGGGCGAUGUGGAUCUGCGGUCGUUCGAUUUGAUCCGCGAGUUCCGGCUGGAUCAGUUCGAGUCCCGAAGCAACUACCGGCUGCACCGGCUCCAAGGAACCAACGAGUACCAGACGGCCUAUCGAUUCGAGAAGGAAGCGAACAUGACGAUGCGCUCGAUCGAGGCGUUCCCGCUCGGGUUGCCGCAACAGUUCUCCUUCGAGUGCACGUACCGCAUCGAGGACGAGGGCGACUCGUCGUGGCAUCUGUUCGAGGUCACCAACGAAGUCCAGGAGAGCCAGCUGGCGAUCACGCUGAACCCCGGCCGACAGGUACUUCAGAUCGGACUUCCGGCGACGGAAGGCGAGCAGCAGAUCGUCGAGUACCAUCACACGCCGCUGUUCGACCACAACUGGCACAAGAUCAUGCUCGGCGUAACGGACGAGUAUCUGAACCUUUGGAUCGACUGUCGUCCCGUGCGCUCGAUCGACGGGAACCUGAACGUGCCGCUUGAGCCACGCGAUCGGUUCGACAUUGACGAUGGGUACGUGUCGAUCUCCCGGUUUGCGCAGACUUCCGUUUUCGAGCCCGAGUCUCCGGUGAUCGACCUGCAGUGGAUGGUGAUGAACUGUGACCCAACACGGCCAGCCCGCGGAAACUGCGACGAGCUGCCGGUGUACGACGUGGCAUCGCUGACGGCCAACCUUCCCGAGGGCCCAACACCACGCCCGGACUGUAAAGCCGUCUGCCCACCCGGCUACAAUGGAACCGAUGGAUCCCCCGGUGCACCUGGACUGCCAGGACCUCCCGGAGCUAAGGGAGAAGCCGGGGCAUUCGGUCGUAGGGGCCCACCAGGACCUCGUGGAUUGGAGGGACCUCCGGGGACAGCGACCGUCGGUGCAAGGGGCGAUAAAGGAGAGCCGGGAGUAGGCAUUAUGGGGCUGCAAGGUCCGAAGGGAGAACCGGGAAUGGCGGCGGUUGCUGGAGCAGCAGUUUCCGGCCCGGUGGGCCCCAGAGGUCCACCUGGACCAGCGGGUGUAGGAACUCCCGGUGAGAAGGGUGAGCCUGGUCGGGCGGGACAGUCGAUAACGGGCCCGCGGGGUCUGAUUGGGCCACCGGGAGCUCCCGGGCAGCAAGGAAACGAUGGUGUACCAGGGCUGACGGGUCCAAAGGGAGCUCGCGGUGAACAGGGUGUCGCUGGAAUUGGACUUCCCGGAUUGCCCGGUCCACAGGGAGCCAAAGGAGAGCCGGGUGACGUAGUUGCUGAGUCGGGUGUCAUUGGACCACCGGGAUUACCGGGAAUUUCCGGCAGAGAUGGCGAAAAGGGCAAUAAAGGGGACACCGGUAUGCGUGGUCUACCCGGACCACCUGGCCCUCCCGGUGAAGGAUCGGGCGAUGGUGGCGGUGGUGGUACAGGCGGUACUAGUGGUCGGUACUUUGAAAACUUCAUGUCCUACGGCCAUCGUGGCCCCGUCGGUUAUACCGGGCUUCCUGGGGAACGUGGUGCCGGUGGGCUGCGCGGUCCAGAAGGUGCCGCCGGCGUUCCCGGGCCUCCCGGAGUGGACGGAGCGCAGGGACCGCAAGGGAUCGCGGGACUCCCGGGACAAGUGGGAGCUACCGGUGCCCCGGGUGUUCCCGGGCGUAGCUACACCGAGGCGGAAGUGCGUGACAUCUGCCGUGCCGUGCUGCGAGACCAGCUGGCCGAGCUGACCGAAGGUUUGAUUGGACCACCGGGACCACCGGGAGUAUCGAAACCAGGCCGCCCUGGAAUUGCUGGUCGGCCCGGAGAGAAAGGCGAACGAGGAUACGCCGGGUUUGCCGGGGAACGAGGUAUCCCUGGAGAAGCGGGAGCUCCCGGUGCCCCUGGUUCGGCCGGUGAGCGUGGUGAGCCAGGACUACCGGGUGAGAAUGGACGAGAUGGGGUCGGGAUUAUGGGACCCCGAGGUCCCAUUGGUCCUGCGGGGCCACCGGGUGACUCGAUCACUGGACCUCCGGGGCGUGCCGGUGAGCGCGGUGAACCGGGCGGAGCAGGACAUCCGGGCGUUCGAGGUGCCCCGGGCAUUCCGGGCGUUUGCCCGAACGAUUGCUACAUGGCGGCGGCGGCCGCCGCGCAGAACUUCCGCUCCAACCAGCAGACCAAGGGCCCCAACUACUAAACACUGCCGGCGGCGCGUCGCCCGAGCUUCGAACAAUAAAUUCGUUUUGCAUUUCAGCACCCGUUCUAAUUGCUAA